AUUCAAGUUCUGCAGGAGUUUUGCUUUUCUGCAAGGCAGCAUUGUCCACCAGGAGAUCCAGGACCUCCAGGGAAACCAGGAUCUCCUGGAUUUAAAGGCGAUAAAGGAGACCGGGGAGAUCGAGGAUUACCAGGGGAACCUGGAUCUAGAGGUCCACAAGGAUUCCCUGGGAUCCCAGGACCUAUUGGUCCAAAAGGUGAAUAUGGAAAGCCAGGAAUAGAUGGAUUGGACGGUCGUGAUGGCAUACCAGGCGAACCCGGACUGGAUGGAGUUGGCAUCGAUGGUAUACCCGGAAGAGAUGGCAUUCCUGGUAUUCCAGGUACACCAGGAAAACCGGGCACUAAUGGUACCGAUG